AUGGAGGCCCCUAACCCCGCGGAGAUGACGCACCUGUUCGGCACAAAAUACUUUGAGCCCAAGGGCAUAGUCAAGACGCACUUGAUUAUCAACGUCUGUUUGGUGACCUUGACACUAGGAGUCAUUGGAUUGCGCAUGUUUGCUCGAUUCCUGUCUGGAGCCAAGCUGUGGUGGGACGACUGGCUCAUUCUUGCUGCCGUGCCUCAAGGGAUUGGAAUGGGUGUCGGCUAUCCCUUUACGGAAACCUACAUGAACCUGGUCCCUAUCCUCAAGCUGCUGGUCUCGUACGAACUCAUCUUUGCCACAUGCAUCAGCACCGUCAAGCUGUCCGUCAUGUUCUUCUACUUGCGCGUCUUCGUCAACGAUGGCCUGCGCACUGCUACCAAGAUUGCCAUGACCUUUGUCCUACUCUGGAGCACAGGCAACAUUCUCCAGGUCUUCUUGAUCUGCCGCCCCUUUAGGGCUGCCUACGACCCCAUGUCAGCUCCGGACGCCGUGUGCGGUAGUCAAAAGGCAUCCUUCAUUGCCAUUGGUGCCUUCAAUGUCGUCACCGACGUGGCUAUUUUGACGCUGCCUUUGCCUACCGUCUGGGGUUUGAAGAUGAGCUGGACUGCCAGAGCCGGUCUGACGGGUGUUUUCUUGAUCGGUUUGCUCACUUCCGUCGUCGCCAUCAUCCGUAUCGUCACCCUCGUUGGCCUCGAUAUGAAUAACCUCACUGGCACCAUGAUCUAUGCCGAUUUCUGGUCUACCGUUGAGCCUAAUCUGGCUAUUCUCUGCGUUAGCAUGCCCAUGUUGGGCUCUCUUUGGGCCCGCUGCACCACCCGUCGAGGAACCACCAAGCUGGGUCCCUCGAAUUCAGACGGCACGGCUAAUUUUGGCGGCACCAAGAAUUCUGGCUUUAACAGGCUCAAGAAUAACAGCCACUUGGCCGAGGAGGACAACAUUGGCCUUGAGAACCUGUACGCCUCCAACAAGGAUGUCCACCACCAGUCCGCUGUUGCGGCUUCGGGAGAGAAGGAACAUCGCGGUCAUCACAACAGGCUGGGGAACCUCAGCAGGGAUGACGGGUCGGAGGUUGAGCUGACCGCCGAGCCGGGGUCUUUCAAGGAUCCUGGCGUUAUUACGGUUCAGACGAAGUGGACCAUUUCCGUUGACCAGAAUCACUAG